AUGGCUGUUCGCGCGCAAUUCGAGAACUCGAACGAGGUUGGCGUCUUCUCUCGCCUGACCAAUUCCUAUGCUAUUGUCGCUGUUGGAGCCUCGGAGAACUUCUACAGUGUCUUCGAAUCUGAGCUGCAGGAUAUCAUCCCCAUCUGCCAUGCUACUAUCGCCGGUACACGCAUCGUCGGUCGUUUAACGGUCGGAAACAAGAACGGUCUCCUCGUCCCCACAACAACAACCGAUCAAGAACUCCAACACCUGCGCAACACCCUCCCAGACAGUGUCAAAAUCCAACGCAUCGAAGAGCGGCUCUCGGCCCUAGGCAACGUAAUCUGCUGCAAUGACCACGUCGCGAUCGUGCACCCAGAUCUAGAGCGGGAAACAGAAGAAAUUAUCGCCGACGUCCUGGGCGUCGAAGUCUUCCGCCAAACAGUGGCCGACAACGUCCUGACAGGAUCCUACAUGGCCCUGUCGAACCAGGGUGGAAUCGUGCAUCCCAAGACCUCCGUCCGGGAUCAGGAUGAGUUGAGUUCCUUGUUGCAGGUUCCGCUUGUGGCGGGAUCCGUGAAUCGUGGUUCGGCUGUUGUUGGUGCUGGCAUGGUUGUUAAUGAUUGGCUUGCUAUCACGGGCUUGGAUACCACUGCUACUGAGUUGAGUGUUGUUGAGAGUGUGUUUAGGUUGGGUGAGAUGGCGCCCGGUGGUGCUGGCGCUGGUGUUCAUAAGGAGAGUAUUGUGGAGUCUUUCUACUAG